CAAUGCUUUUUUCCCACUUUCUCACGAAGGGGCAUCCUCGACACUGCGUGCGUGGAUCUCCGAGGCAUAAUCAAGAGACGGCGAUUCGUCGUCCCUGAAUCGGUGACGGACGAAGAGGAACCGUUCUCCUAUUUGUUCUUCUUAAGUCUUAUAUCUGCCUUUGGGUCUUCUUCUUCUUCGUUGUUGUCGAGGAAUUUCUGUAAACCCUAAUUAUCUUACGGAGGUAUUUGAAGGACCGAUUUCUGCUGUUGCUUUUAGAAGGAUGUAUGCGGAUCGCGUUUUGGCUGCGGGAAGUAAGCGUUCUAUAAAAGAACGACUUAACGGAGACUUUGAUGAUACCUUCUCUCGCGGGAGGCAGUCGAAUACCAAGAGGCAGCGCCAAGAUGAUGAUAAGUGGAAGCAUGAUUUAUAUGAGAACAGUGAACAUCCUCAUGUUUCGAAUCCUAAGCUAGGAGUCCAGGAUCUGCGUCGAAAGCUUCAAAGAAAGAGUUCACAGACUGGAAGAGCAUCUCAAUCAGGAGAUCUUCGAGAAAAGCUAUCGGGCAUGAGUCAUUCACAACCAGUACCACCAACUACUGAUGUUCGGAAGAGCAACCCGAUGUCAGAUGCGAAGGUUGUGAAAAGAAGUGCUCCAGCAGCUGAAAUAGCUGAAGAGAAUGUUGCUAACCCUUCUUCUGUGAAAAAGACUAAGCAGAAGUCAGGAUCCUCCGUGGCUUCUCUGCUAAAGUCCUUGGGUCUGGAGAAGUACUUGAUUACAUUUCAAGCAGAGGAGAUUGACAUGACUGCACUUAUUCACAUGGGCGAUGAGGAUCUCAAAGCUUUGGGAAUUCCAAUGGGCCCAAGGAAGAAAAUACUUCUAGCGUUAGAUUCGAGAGUUCAGAAUUGAGGCCUCCAUUCUUAUUGAUUUGGGUGCCUCUGUUCCUGCACGAGUUAUUGGCACAAUGCUGCUUCUGCUAACACUCCAUGUGAAUAUCAUUUCUUGUGAAUAUGCUCACAGUGCCUUACCUGCUUGAAUGCGUGAUGGUUCAUUGUGAACAGAUCAUCCUUCCGUAGAACAAAUUAAUGAAUUGGCAUGAAACUUCAUCACAUUUGAUGCCAUACGAUGAGCCAGCAGCAUGAGACACUGAUAAUCGAGGCUCCUAGGAAGUUGUAUUGUAUGGGAGUCUCUGGACACACAGAUCUUAUGGGGAUACAACUAUCAUUUUGGUUCUUUUUUUUUUUAAUGUGCCAUGCAUGACGAGUAAUGGUUGCCAUGUCUAUGCUAUAUCUUUAUCAUUUAACUAUGAAAGCAAAUCCGUUGCAGUUG